AAAAAAAAAGAUAUGGGUUUCCUCGUCUAUAUAAAUGCAAGCUUGUAUAUCUACAAAGUAUACCAGUCUUCUAGUUGUUUUAAGGGCGCCUUACACUAACGGUACCCUAGUUAUUUGGUGUCUCUCUAGCUAGCUAUGACAACCAUAACUCUCUACCCACGCCCACAGCUCACGAGUGUAGAAAUGAUGGCCCCAAAGGAGGAACAGCUAAAGUUAGUUUUCAAAAACUUCGACAAAAAUAGAGAUCGCAAACUGUGCAGGGAAGAGCUGAAGGAAGCCUUUAAAUACCUAGGGGCAUAUAUCCCUGAAUGGAGGGCUUGGUGGAGUCUCCACCACGCCGAUGCCAACGACGAUGGAUUCAUCGAUGAGGAUGAGAUGAAUAAGCUUGUGAAAUAUGCCGUGAAGUUUGGAUAUACUGUCAAGUAACUAGAUUGAUCAAGAUCUUCUCCAUUAUAUUUUGGGUGUCAAUCAUCACGGGCAAUCGACUUUGCUAGGAUGUGGUUUGAUCUCCAGUGAAGACAAAGAAACAUUUACUUGGUUGUUUCAAUCGUGGCUUGCAUGUAUGUCUUGGAAAGCUCCACAUGCCAUAAUUACUGAUCAAGACAAAGUCAUGCAAAAAGCAGUUGAGAUUGUUUUUCCUAAUGCUAAACAUCGAUAGUGCUUAUGGCACAUCAUGAAGAAAUUGCCUGAAAAGUUGAGAGGUUAUGAGCAGUAUUAAUCCAUCAAAUAUUUCUUGUUGAAGGCUGUUUAUGAUUCAUUAAGUUGUACUGAAUUUGAAAAAAAUUGGAAUGGAAUGAU